GCAGUUCAUCGCAAGAAGUUCCCGCAAUUUUUUUUUCCAUUGUCCUCCCUUUCUGCGUUGAAGAUCUUCCCUUCCCGCCAAAUAAAAAAAAAUGGAGAAAUUAAUCAUUUUUGCUGUGAGUCUUUUUGCUAUGGCAAUCGCAGCACCAUUGAGUGAUUCAAAUUCAACGUCCCGUGCAACGGAUAUGUGGAGCGAAUAUAUAAAUUUAUCUUUCCUCGGACCCGGAAUCUUUGGUGUGCCCAACGAGAAUAUUGGGAAGGUAUUGGAAAAUUUUGCCAAUAUUAAGGGGAAUCCUGAGGAGCAGGGUUCCUACCUCGAGGGUGAUUUACUCAUUCCACUAUCGAGAGCAAGAAAUGGGCUUGUAGCACAGGCAACAAGAUGGCCAAAUGGUGUGGUUCCCUAUGAAAUAAAAGGAUCAUUUAGUGCAUCCGAUAUGGCUAUGAUUGAGAAAGCCUUUAAGAUGUUUCACGCUCAUACUUGCAUUCGUUUUGUACGUCACACCAAUGAGGCGGAUUACAUUAAAAUCGUAUCAGGUCGUUCGGGAUGUUGGUCAAGUGUGGGACGCAUUGGGGGUCCGCAGGAGGUGAAUCUCCAAUCACCGGGAUGUCUCAACCAAAUAGGUGUUCCCAUCCAUGAGUUCCUCCAUGUUUUGGGCUUCCUCCAUGAGCAGAAUCGUUCAGAUCGGGAUAAGAGUGUCCUCAUCAAGUGGCAAAAUAUCAAACCUGGCACUACGGACAACUUUCAGAAAGCCAAUGCUGGAACAACGAGCAAUUACGGUGUCUCAUAUGACUUCAACAGUGUCCUCCACUAUUCCGCACAUGCAUUCUCCGUCAAUGGGCAACCAACAAUUGUAGCUAAAACGAAGACUUCUGCAAAUAUGGGACAGAGAAGGGGAUUUUCUCUGGGUGAUCUGAAGAAAGUUAAUUCCAUGUACCAUUGCAGUUCAAAUCAGAAAGGCCCCCUUGUUAAGCCCACAAGAAAGGGGGGAGUACAGAAACCUCAGGCACAGCCAGAAGGGACUUUUUUUGAGAAUGUUGCCGCUGGAAUAGCUAAUUUAUUUAAACCAUAAAAUAAUUUAUUUUUUCUUAAGUUUCUUCCUCUGAUGGAACUUAUUGCUCUUUAAAUUGGAAAUUAAACAAAUAAAGAUUUUAAGGAGUACGAGAGUAAUCACUAAAAGACAUAGAGUAGAAGGUAAUAAAAUUUCCCAAAAA